AUGGCCGAUGGCUCGAUUUCCAGAAGAGAAAACAUACAAUUCGAAGCAUUACUGGACAUCUACAGUGAAAAAUUGCCCGAACUAGAAAAGUGUAUCAGAAAAUCGAAAAUUCAUCAAAAAGAUUGCGUGAUGAUGAUGACGUAUUUCACACUGGCAGUUGGAAUUACUGGGUUGCUCGCAUUGUUUGUUCCGUCCACAAUAUCAGGAACUACUGCCAUUGUCGCAUGUUCUAUAUUAGUUAAUCUACUUUUUAUCGGAAUUCUCAAAGCUUGGGGUCACUCAGUUGGGCAAUUCGCCCUCGAUUUGGGCAGCCUUGCCGCCAUCGCGGCGGCAAGGCUGCCCAAUUGGUGGGCAAAUCGCCCAAAACGGUGGGCGAAUUGCCUAAAAUUCCCUGAGAAGAGAAGUACCGUUGCGCACUCAAAUCACCAGAAAGGAUCGAUUCAAGCGGUCAACGAGAAGCUUCACGCAAACGUAUUCUUGAACUAUCAAAUGAAGGAAUCGUAA